CAGUGGACAAAGAAGUUAGAACUAGUGGGCCAACGCGUAAUCAAGGCGAAGCUCCACUCACAUGUCGAAAUCAGGGCAUUAGGGUUUUUCCUUCUCACCUGCAACUGCAAUUGGCCCUUUGGAAGAUGGUUCCACAGUCAGUGAUAACGCAAGUCUCCGAUUCAAGUGGCGUGAAUGCGAUAUCAAACGUUUCUUCUUCUGGCUACGGAUUCUACGAUUGGCUGUUCAAAUGUCACGGAUUCUGGCACAAUGCCACUCUCAUCAUCCCCUCCUUCCUCUUCGUCUUCUACUUGGCACUUCAAGCCAGGCACAGCUUACUCAAAGUUUCCCUCGCACGCUCCUAUAUCAUCAUUUCGUAUAACCUUUGCCUCUGCCUCGUUACUCUGCUCAAUCUCGCUUGGUGUUUCCUCCAGGCAUGGGAGUGCACGUCUGGGAGAGAGUUGACAUGGAAUUUGUUAUCCUUGUUUACUACUUCCGGAAUGCUGUUUUUGGAAGUGAGCUUGCUGGCUUUUUUACUUCAAGGAAAUAAUGCUGGCGGCUUAGAAGCAAUGAAACGAACUUUUGGUAUCUCAACGCUCGUUGUUGGUUUGGAUAUUCUGCUCAAGGCUAUAUAUCUAUUUGUAUUUGGGAUCCCUUUAUUCGUCGACAGCAAUGAUCAUACUCAUCAUGGGAAGUGGAACUUGUGGGUUGUCCACAAGCUGUUGCUCACUGCUGUUUAUGGCUUCAUAAUGUUUAUGUACCAUUCCGGAUGGAAAGAAACGUUGCCUGCAAAAAUUGCCUUUUACAAGUAUGUUGCUAUCAUGUUCAUUUUUAAUGCGAUUGCGACACUUGCUUGUGGCCUUGCUGGUACCCAUGCUGCGUUUGCUUUCUGGUUGUAUCGUGUCACUGUUGUCUUUUACCAUGCAUUUUAUCUUCCCUUUUUGUAUACAACAUUCCUAGCAGACUUUUUCCAGGAGGAAAAUUUCCAUUUGGAAAAUGUGUAUUAUUCUGAGAUGAAAGAUGCGGGUUUCUUCGACACGGACUGGGAGUGAUGAUGUAUCAGCUAUUAAAUUGACGUGUUGCCUCAGAAUACUCAUCGCAGGGAACUCUGAUCAGGACAUAUUAUGUAAAUAAAAUAACUGUGUUAGCAGAUCGGAAUAUUGUAUAAAAAGAUGUUUAUUUGUAAGCACCUCAAUAUAGACCUGACGUCAAACGUACAUGGAGUUCUCGUCUAAUUAUUUAGCUAGAUAUGAGACUGAAUAAAAUUAACAUAUAUCAUUGA